AUGAGGAAAACUACCUGGAACAGAAAGAACCUUCUGCUUGUGGCAGGACUGUCAGUUAUAGGUGUCCAUUUUGGGAGCAUGCUCGUAAACUUUGUUGCAAAAAAAUCUGCUCGAUCGCAUUCAGAAGCUAAAAAGGAAGAUCAUCGUGAAUGAAAUAACUUACUACUGUCAUUAUGUACCGAUCUCACAAUCCUCAUUUUAAGAGAUAAAUGAUGAGCAGUCACAGAAGUGUCAUUAUUGUGGUGUAUGUACCCUCUCACAUUUAAAGUAAUCCUUGGCUGCCAGACAUUAAAAUACACUACUUAAAUUUUAAGAGUGUUAUGAAUUAUAGAUCCAAGUAAAAAUGAAAUCUGUCUUGUUGGUCAGAAUUAAAAUCUCACUUUGAAAAUGG